AGACGCUCGGACGCGCACAGCCAGCGCGCCGCGUAGCCCGCGCGUCCCGUCCGGCCCCGGCUGCGCCUCGAAAGAGGGAGGCUCUGGCCGCUCGCUGCCGGCGGGCGUCGGCUGUGUCGGGAGCGCGCCCGCCCGCCCCUCAGCUGCCCAGCGGACAGCGGGAGAGGCGCGCACCAUGAGCGGCGGCGAAGUGGUCUGCUCCGGAUGGCUCCGCAAGUCCCCCCCGGAGAAGAAGUUGAAGCGUUAUGCAUGGAAGAGGAGAUGGUUUGUGUUACGCAGUGGUCGCUUAACUGGAGAUCCAGAUGUCUUGGAAUAUUACAAAAAUGAUCAUGCCAAGAAGCCUAUCCGUAUUAUUGAUUUAAACUUAUGUCAGCAAGUUGAUGCUGGGUUGACAUUUAAUAAAAAAGAGUUUGAAAACAGCUACAUUUUUGAUAUCAACACCAUUGACCGAAUAUUCUACUUGGUAGCAGACAGUGAGGAAGAGAUGAAUAAGUGGGUUCGUUGUAUUUGUGACAUCUGUGGGUUUAAUCCUACAGAAGAAGAUCCUGUGAAGCCACCUGGAGGCUCCCUACAAGCGCCGGCUGAUUUACCUUUAGCUGUAAAUACAGCGCCACCGUCCGCCCAGGUGGAUUCAUCCUCCUCUGUCGCACCGCCUCCGUACCAGCUCAUUAACUUACCACCACACCUAGAAACCCUCGGCAUCCAGGAGGAUCCUCAAGACUACCUCUUGCUAAUCAACUGUCAAAGCAAGAAGCCUGAACCCACCAGCCAAGGGUCAUCUUUUGUUUCUGAAGAAGGAGAGGAAUACCUACUACUAGAAGAUUUUGAAAGCAAAACGAUUCCAUUGCAAACACACACUGAUUCUGCAAAAUCCACCUCUUCUGAAACAGACUGCAAUGAUAACGUCCCUUCUCAUAAAAAUCCUGCUUCCUCCCAGAACAAACAUGGAGUGAAUGGCUUUUUUCAGCAGCAGAUGAUGUAUGACUCUCCGCCGCCUCGUGCUGCAUCUGUUUCUGUAGACUCCAGCCUUUAUAACCUGCCCAGGAGUUACUCCCACGAUGUUUUACCAAAGGUGUCUCCAUCGAGUACUGAGGCAGAUGGAGAACUCUAUGUUUUUAAUACCCCAUCUGGGACAUCGAGUGUAGAGACUCAAAUGAGGCAUGUAUCUAUUAGUUACGACAUUCCUCCAACACCUGGUAAUACUUAUCAGAUUCCACGAACAUUUCCAGACGGAACUUUGGGACAGACGUCAAAGCUAGACACUAUUCCAGAUACUCCUCCACCGCGGCCACCGAAACCACAUCCAGCUCAUGACCGGUCUCCUGUGGAAACGUGCAGUAUCACACGCACGGCCUCAGAUACUGACAAUAGUUACUGUAUCCCUACAGCAGGGAUGCCACCAUCACGUAGUAAUACCAUUUCCACUGUGGAUUUGAACAAAUUGCGAAAAGAUGCUAGUUCUCAAGACUGCUAUGAUAUUCCACGAACAUUUCCAAGUGACAGAUCUAGUUCGCUUGAAGGCUUCCAUAACCACUUUAAAAUCAAAAAUAUAUUGACAGUGGGAAGCGUAUCAAGUGAAGAACUAGAUGAAAAUUACGUCCCAAUGAAUCCCAAUUCUCCUCCACGACAACAUUCCAGCAGUUUUACGGAACCAAUUCAGGAAGCAAAUUAUGUGCCAAUGACUCCGGGAACAUUUGAUUUUUCUUCAUUUGGAAUGCAAGUUCCUCCUCCUGCUCAUAUGGGCUUCCGGUCCAGCCCAAAGACCCCUCCCCGAAGGCCAGUUCCUGUUGCAGACUGUGAACCACCCCCCGUGGAUAGGAACCUCAAGCCUGACAGAAAAGGUCAAAGUCCUAAAAUUUUAAGACCCAAACCCCAUGGUUUAGAGCGAACUGAUUCACAAACCAUAGGUGACUUUGCUACAAGGAGAAAGGUCAAGCCAGCACCUUUAGAAAUAAAACCUUUGCCGGAAUGGGAAGAGCUACAAGCCCCAGUUAGAUCUCCCAUCACUAGGAGUUUUGCUCGAGACUCCUCUAGGUUUCCCUUGUCUCCCCGACCGGACUCAGUGCACAGCACAACUUCAAGCAGUGACUCCCACGACAGUGAAGAGAAUUAUGUUCCCAUGAACCCAAACCUGUCCAGUGAGGACUCAAAUCUUUUUGGCAGUAAUAGUCUUGAUGGAAGAAGCAGUCCUAUGGUCAAGCCCAAAGGAGACAAACAAGUGGAAUACCUAGAUCUAGAUUUAGAUUCUGGGAAAUCCACACCACCACGUAAGCAAAAGAGCAGUGGCUCGGGCAGCAGUGUGGCUGAUGAGAGAGUAGAUUAUGUUGUGGUUGACCAACAGAAGACCUUGGCUCUAAAGAGCACCCGGGAAGCCUGGACAGACGGGAGACAGUCCACAGAAUCGGAAACACCAGCCAAGAUUGUGAAAUGAAAAUACUGCUUUGCUGAUUCUGAACAAAAGAGAACUGAAUUGUAGAGAUAAAUCCUGUUUAACUGAAGAAGACUUGACACUUCUAGAUAGAUCCUCAACUGAGUAGAAUUGAAGUCAAAGGACCUUUCAGACAUAAUCAAACAAUUUAAACUGUAAAUGGUGCUUUGUGGUAUCUGAACAAUUCAUAACAUGUAAAUAAUAUGGGAAAAUAGUGUUGUUUAGCUCCCAGAGAAACAUUUUUUCCAUAGUUAACUCACUAGUAGUAUUACUGUAUUUAUGUACUUUUUCAUUUAAAACAUUGGUUUGGGUAUUCCAAAAUGUUCCUUAACAUAAUUCCUUUGGGAGUUCUUGUUUUUCCUCACACUACUCUAUAUAACAAUACUAAGUUAACUAAGCUACUUUUAGAUUUGGAAAUUGCUCUUUAAAGUGCACUCUAACAACAUUAAAAUGAGAAGUAGAUCCACAAUUUACCUUUCUACCCGAAACUUCAGGUGAUAACCAUUAGCUUAAAUUACGGAGUACAGUUGGACUCAUCAUUCACUGCCUUCCAGAAUGCUGCAGAUAAUCAUGUACUGGUGUCAGGAGCUAAUUCUCUGGUUCAUGUAUGUUUAGUUUUCAGUGGUGGAACUUUAUUAUAUUUUGUUUAUUACAGUGUUUUUGAUUCAUUGAGUGAAGAUUCUGCCAGGUGGGGUCUUGCACCUUGGAAAGACUGAAUAAUUACACUGUCAAGUAAGACUGUAGAUCACUUACAGCAUGCAGUGAUGAUGUGCUCUCACACUUGUUAACGUGUAUUAAACUUUACAUUAUUUGCAAAAUGUAGGUUAUGUAACUAAUCAGGUACGUACCAGGCACCGAUGUGCUAAUACACUGAUCAGGUUUAGACAAUGAGCUUUAGUUGUGUUCUUGUAAGUCCUAAUAUUGGUUUCCAGUUUGGACCUAAUGAAACAUUCACUGUUAGUUAUAGCAUCAUACUGUGAUUUUUUUAAUUAGACAGUAAUUCAGAUUUAUUACUCUUAAGAAUGAAAUUCUAUCUUUUGACACCGUAGUGCCCUAUGAUUUUUUUAACUUUACUUUAUAUUCUUCUUGGCCUUAUAUUUAAAUCCCUAUGCAAUUAAUAUUUUAUAUCUACAUUUUAAAAAAAUAGAUGUUGUAUAAGUGAUUCUCAUAUGUAGCACUUAUUGCUUUUCCAGUAAAAGAAUUAAGGAUUUUGUACUGUGAUUUCUAUUCACUGCCCUAAUUCAAGAAAUAUUGAAGCAUUGCUAUAAUGUGAAAUCUUAAGUCAUGGACCUCUUCCAACCAGAUAUCUGAAACGACCUAAGGAAUUAUAUAAUUCUUUCUCACCUAUAACAUGGUCCUGUGACAUGGAUAUCAAAACCACAAAUUUUUUAUAGUGAGGCUAUAGUUGUAUUUAUCUGUUUUGGCUUUGCAGUGUAAUUUAGAAAGCAGGUAUAGUUGUUUGCUUGUUUUUUUAACUAAGUUACAUACAAUCUUUUACUGAUUUGAGACUUACUAACAGUUUUUGGAGGGGGCGGAGAUAGGCGUGCCCACAGCUGAGGCAUGAUUCCUUCCAUUCAAACCUCUAACUGUUGCCUAAGUACAUAGAUGUACCCUGAUAUCUGGUCUCUUGGCCAUAGUACUGUGCCUAAUCAAUGUAAUGGGUUUAUUUCCCCAAUUCAUGAACUAAAAAAUGUUCAUAACAAGAUGAAUUGUAGACUAGUAACAUUUGAUGCUUUUAAAUGUUUGCGUCUUUUUAAAUGAAAACUAAAACCCAGGAGUGAAUUUUCAGGUGGAUCUUUAAAUAAAAAGACUGUUUGAAUUUGGUGUGCGUAAGCUGUUUUGUAAUAAAACCACAAAAUAAAAUCCAAAAUUACUGAAA